ACACUACACCAAAGCAAUCCAUCCCUUAUAUACUACUAUCUCUCUAUAUAUAUAUACUUGAUAAAAACUAAAAAUUUCUUUUGUGAGACCAUGUCAGGUGUAUGGGUGUUCAAGGGCGGAGACAUACGUCUAGUGGAGAAACAAGACCAGUCCAGCAGCAGCCAGAAGAAGGUUUUGGUUUACUUGCCGACCGGUAAAGUAGUCUCUUCUUACUCAUCACUCGAAAUGAUCCUAAUGAGCCUUGGGUGGGAGAGAUACUUCGGUGAAGAGGCAGAUCAUCAACUCCAGUACUACAAAGCCUCCGCCGGCCUCUUCAUCUCCUUACCAAAAGACUUCUCCAAGUUAAACUCCAUUCACAUGAAUGACAUCGUCAAAAACACCAGUGAUUCCUUCGCCGUCCGUGAUUCAACUGAAUAAUUCCAAGGAUUCAUUUUUGACCAAUAGGUCCAGUUUAUGUUUGUUUUAUUUGUUUCAACAAAUAAAUUCCAGACAGGACUUUCUGCAGUAGUCAUGACUUUUUGUUUUUCUUUCUAAUUUGCAUCAUCACUUUUUUUUUUCUCCAAGUUUGUUGCACGUGAUUGCUUCCAUCUUCGGCACCUUUGUGAGGCUUGUGUCGCCGUCGUUUAUUAGCUAUUUGUGCCUUUUGUAAUUAUGUUUAUCGAUGUAUUAAAGGUGUGUUUCUUUUGGGUCUAAGCAAUAUAUGUUCAAAGAAAAAUGUAAACAAAAAAAUAUAUCAACUGAAAAUAUUUUUUUUUA